AUGGCCGAACGGCGGCUGAAGAAAGGUCUUCCUGAAUUCGAUAUUCCUAUUCCAGAAAGUUUUCAGAACGCUCGAAAGAACAGCCUGGCCUCGUUGACCUCUGCAGAGAGCCAAAAGCAUUCACCACUACGGUUACCACAUCUCAAUUGGAAGCGUUUUAAGAAGAAGGUCAGCUUCAAACACCCCUCACGCGCCAUAAUAACAGUGCCAUGUACAAAGACAAAGAGCCUUUCUCUUGAUUUCCAUGGGUCUAUGCUGCCGAAAACUCAAAUCAAUCACAUAACCAACGGCUCGUACAGACGAUCGUCCAACGAGCGACCGCCAUUGCAGAAACAAAAACGGAAAUCAAGCGAUACGGUGCUCGAACUCGAGUCUGACGAUUUGUUAUGA